AUACGAGCUUCUUAUGAAUUUCAAAAUGGUUGCGUAUGAGUGAUGCAAUCGAUGUCGCUUGGUUAUGAUAUUAAUGUUAAAACUCUACUUAAUCGCGCUAUGGAGUGUAGUGUUGUGUAUUUGUUGUUAUUUUCUGUAAAAUUGAGGUUAUUAAAUGUGGUCGCGGCAGCUGUGUCUCGGCUAAGGGGAACGGGCUAGGGGGUGCGGACAUACCGAAGAAUGCUGACGCUCCCUGGGCAGUGGGACGGGGAGAUCCGCGGUACUUUGUGCGUUGUUGUUGAGUCGAGUUACGACGUUGUACAGUAAAGACACGUUUUAUCUACAUGUGGUGCAAAUAGCGUUUUUAAGUUCCACUGUUUUGUGCGAUGGAUAUUAAAUAUUUUUCUUUGAGAAAUAUAUGUAAAGAAACGCUCAUUGCAACAGUUGUGUUUAGUGUUUAUACAUAUUUUACAUACGAGUAAUGCAGUAGUUGACGUACAUCGCUCUCAGUGCCCUGAUUUUAUUUUGGUUGCAGAUGCUUGUUUGUUGCCUUCAUUAAGGUUAAGUGAAAGAAGAACGGGACGAGGCGAAAGGCGGGACUCCGUUGUCAUGUGUUCCCGCCCGGAGCCUGUCACAGAAUGAGGGGAAAAUAUGUGAACGUGUAUAGUGCAGUGAUGUUUUUGAACGGUGGAUAGGAAAUGUGAGCAACACAGUGACGUAAUUUUACUAUUAUUUCCAGCGAAUAGAAGUAGUCGUGAUCAUGAGAGAUCAAGAACCGGUGAGCCAUGCAACGUGGACCACAUGGAUCUUGGAAGCCAUUCGCAAGAUCCGGAGUCAGAAGCAGAGACCGUCUGUGGAAAGAAUUUGCAAUGCGAUCCGUCAGCAUCACAGUUUCAACGAGGAUGUGAUUGCCGAUAAUUUAGAGCAGGCUGUCAAAGAGGGCAGUGUGCUUAAAGUAUUCAACAAGGGCCAGAGUUCGUACAAGGACCCUGGCGGGCUGCAAAGUCGGCAGCUGAACGUUUCCAAAGGGACGGAUCUGUCAAAAGUGAUCGCGAAAGCAACUCGCGAGUUAGGUAAAAGAGACGGAUCGACUUUAAAAAGUAUCGAGAAAUACAUACGGCAAUCUCAUGCGGUGAAUCUUGCCUCCGGGGAUGUUGAUUUUAGAUCGUUGUUACGGAUCUCCGCGAAACGUGCCGUUGCUCGUGGACUUGUUUGUCAAGAAGGACGCUUGUUCCGGUCCGUGGCCCGGCCAACGUCUGCUAGUGCGAUUUCUAGCGUCGAAAAACCACCGAAACGGCAGUCUGUUUCACCAAGCAAACAUCGCCGGCAUUCGGAGAGUCAUGUCCAGGCGGCGGACACGCCUAAGGUGAUGUAACCAGUCGUAGGGUCA